CCGAGACUUUCAGUUGCCACUCUCAUUUCCAUCGCGUUGGACGUGUUGAACGGUGUCUGUGAGACCCUCGCGAAGGUACAGUAGUCUCCCCAAGUGCUAUAACCAUCGCCUCUCUGCAACACUCUACCCAUUUUUCCAUAUGUGCAACACUUUAUUCAACUUCCUGCAAUAUUCUUUGCAUCACCAACUCAUUUGUGUCUUUCUUCCCUCUGUGGAAUUCUUUUUUUUUAUUAUUAUUUCUUUCUGAAUUCAGCCUCUCGCGCUUGAUUAAUUAACUCUACUAAGACAUUCUGUUUCAAAUUGAGAAAAUAAAAAUGUGGAGGUGCUUUUUGUGAAUGGUGAACUCAUUAAAAUGAGUAACAAUUAAAAUCGUGAGUGAGAUAUUCAUUCAAGUGCUCCAAGAAGUGUCUCUUCAGGCAUAUUUUUUUUUGCUGUGCCUAUUUGGAAAACAAUCACAAUAAAAAAUAUAUUGUGGUAUUUCCUAAAAAAAAAGAGUUUUAUAUAAAAAAAACCAACUGUGUAUUUUGCAACUCAAUCGAAUUCCUUUCUUUUGUGCUUCGCAAGAAGUUGAGAAGCGGGAAGAAAGUUUUAUAAGUGGUUCACCUGCUUUACUCUAAUAUUCCUUCCUCAAAAGAGGUUCGAGGUUUUGUGACAAGUGCAUUUAGUGAAUGAAAUUUCCCACUCUGUUAAAGGCUCAUGGUGCAAAUGAGCAAGUGCGAAGAAAUUUCGAGAGAAUGCCACUGAUCAAUUUGCACCUCUAAAGAUUUCUUCACGAAAUUGGGAUUGAGGCUGAGAGUCACUGGCCAAAAGGAGAAAACUUGCGGAUAUCCAGAGAAAUCUUCUCAAACUGGUGAAAACGAAGUGUUGCCGAUGAGUAUAAAGAUACAUAAAAGCCAGAAAUUAUGCUGGUAUCUGCAACAGCCAUUCGUGUGUAAGGAGAAAAGCCAUCAAUAGACUUUUUCAUCUCAUUUGAAAGAAAAAUUUACUCAACUUCCGCCACAAUGAUGAUGACAGAUUGCAGCAGUAUCCAGGGCUCUACGAGUUCCAGUGACAUCACAUCGAGUCGCGGAAUUGCACCAAGGAUUCGUGUAAUACGCCUCACGCGACCUCAUUCAGGUGCUCGCAAUGGAACACUCCUUGCAACACCUGGACAUGCAUCCUUUGGCUUUGCCAUUCGCGGUGGACGUGAAUUCGGGACGGGAUUUUUCGUGUCACGCGUGGAGAAAGGCAGUGAAGCCGACCAUCAAGGGCUGAGAGUCGGAGAUCAAAUAAUACGAGCAAAUGGUUAUCAUGUGGAUGAUGCAGUUCACCGGGAACUUUCGCAAUUCAUAAGCACUCAGGAUCGCUUAACACUUAAAGUCAGAGGUAUUGGAAUGAUCCCAGUCAAAGAAAGAGCCUGCGAUCCACUUAGUUGGCACAUUGUACCCCUCAAGGGUACUCAAGUAUCUCCGACAGAACUUGAUGACACCGGAAGUCGCGAUAUCCGGGUGACUCUCAAUGUGGCGCCGAGAAGUAAACUCGGACUCGGCAUUUGCAAGGGUCCAGAGUGGAAACCAGGGAUUUUUGUGCAGUUCACAAAGGAGAUUGGUGUAGCGAGGGAUGCAGGUCUUCGUCCGGGAGAUCAGCUUUUAAGCUGCAAUGGAGUGGACUUUGGGGAUAUCCUCUUCAGCGAAGCCGUAGCCAUUAUGAAGUCAUCCAGUCGACUAGAUUUGGUGAUUCGCACAGCAGCAGGACUGGAUCUCUUUCCAGGAGAGUCCAGUGGGUACAACAGUUCGGCCAGUAGUGUCACAGGUGGCGAUCAGAGUCCGUGCUGGGGUGAUCAGUCAUCAAAGAGGCUGAGUAUGGUACGUGAAGAGAAUGGCCAUCUGGAUGGAACAAUGAAUGGUACGAGGCGACCAAAGAGCUGGGACCGAAGUGGUGAAAUGGAGCGUCGGCUACAUCCAGUAUCUCCUCCCAAAGUUCCCGAGGACCACGAUAAAAGUGCCAAGAAUGCCAAUACCACAAUCAUUAAACUCUCAGACUCGGGUACAGUCAUCAACAAUACAGUCAUUCCCCAUCUCAGUGCCGUGGAAGUAUCCACAAGGCAAGCUACAAGAGUUCAUGUAUCUCCGGAAAAUACCGAUGAUACAGGCUUUGUAGAUGACGAGGAGGCAUCUGAUAGGAGUAAAGUGGCUGAUAUCUGCUUCGUGUCGCGUCAAAGUGAAACCAAAACAGUCAUUGUGGAAGUCCACAGAAGUCCUGGAGCUAGUAAUUCUGAACCUGCAAAUGGGGCUAUUCCUCCGCCUCCGCCGUGUUUUCAAGCACCUGGACACACUAGGACACCCUCCGUUGCCAGCUCAACAUCCGGAUGCACAUCCAGCCUAAGCAGUGCAAUUAGCGAUGAACUCAAGAGGAGAGCAGUGCAACGACAGAAGGAAAGUCCUGGAGAAAGUAUCGAGGCCAAAUGUGAAAAAAUCCAGUCACAGACCAGAAAAAUUGGAAAUUCUCUUGGUGGGCAGGACAACGACAGGCAUAAUGCUUUAAUGAACGAAUUCAAGAGAGCUCACCGGAAAAUGUUCAAGAACAGCGAGGAAAAUCAUGUGAGCGAUGAUGAGAGACAUUCUCAAGUAAAUGGAACAGCUGAAGUGAAAGAAGAACGAGGCAAUGACGUUGUUAAUCUACCCAAGGAUCCUUCACCAUAUUCAACAAAAAUUCCCGCUGGAAGAACCAACUCCACUCUGAGAAUUAAACCUACAACAGCUCCACCACCUCCUCCGCUUCCAUUUGCCGAUGGAGCAAAAAAUUUCUCAGAAUGCCGUCCACCGGCAUCUCCAAGUCCUGAUUACGAAGAUGUCAGUCCUGCCAGGAAUCAUGUGGCCACGACAAAUGGAGGCUCAGUGAGGGGGACUCUUGGUCGGGUAGCAGCAUCAGAAAUGGCCAAAGCCAAUGGCGAUAUGGCUGAGUUGGAGUCCAUUGAGUCUUUUAAGCUCACGAAUCCAUCUUCACCACCUCCACGGCCCCCAUCAGUUUACUUCGCGCCCCAGAGUUCAGGUCCACCCACAAUGCGCAAGAACCAUCGGCCAGUGUCAGUGACCAUUGGGGAGUAUGGGCAGAUGGGUCGCAAAGAACCAGCCAAAUUCAACUUCAUCGCACGCGCCGACGACAGCCCCAGAAAUGGCAAUGAUGAAGAUAUGUCGCAGAGAUUGAGGAAUGAACUGGAAAUGACACUUUCGCGAUCGAAUCUCAAGAAACGAUCCGAUGUCGAGAUGGAAAAUCUUGGUCUCAAUGGGAUGACAACGACUGUUACAGUGAAUGGAGGCGGAGGUGGAGGAGGAGACAAGAAGGGGCCAUCAGGAUGUGUGGAAUUUGAGAAGACUUUGCUGCAAAAGAGUAACUCAUCAAAUGGUGAGAAGACGAAUGGAGUGGGUAAUCGUGUGAUGAUCACGAUUCCCAGCAAACCCGAGCUCCGAAAGACAGAAAGCAGUCCACCGAGUGGAAUUCUGAAGAACGGCGGGUCCGCUAUGGCAUUUACGAAUGGUGGAAAUGAACAAAAGAACAUUUCCUUUGGGAACAUGUAAGUAAAAAACAACAGUCAUCGCCAGAGAUUCAUGAUUUCUGCAGAAUGGAGAGUACAGUGACAUAAUUUGGUCUCUAAACUCGAGCCAUUUAAUGUUGCUGGAGGAUCUGAGAGUGCAAGUGAAGGGGUGAAAAUGAACUUUUGAAGAGUGUCUUCUUUUUGUGUUUAAUUGAUGAUGCGCUCGAGUAAUGCCAGUCCAGCGAUUACGGAGUCAACAAUCAGUUAAUGUGUACUUGCCGCAUGAAUGGCUCCUUGAUGACUGGCAUAAAAGUAAUUCAUCUCCAUUUCUUCUCUGUACGGACUCCAUGCCGCAGUCUCCCUCAGUCUGAGAUUCAUUCUCGUGCCUCCGGGAUUAAUCCAUAUUGCUAUAAACGUAGUGUUUUUUUUUGUAUAUUAAUACUUUCCUUCAGAGUAUCUUAUAAGAUUAUUUGCUGUAAGUGUACGUUCCCUCACGGUUUUUUUUCUCCUGAUGUAUUUGAACCUAUUAAAAAUGUACUUUUUCUCAAACGA